CGAAAGUGAAACUACUUCGUUUGGCAUUAUCAUACCACAUGGCAAAACAUUUCUAUGAAUCGGGGUAUUCCCCUAAGGGACUACCCUCUGCUAUAAAUAUGGCACACCACUGUCUGUCAAGUAGAUAGGUAAAGUAAGAGACAAGUGAAGAUCCCAUAGAGAUCAUGGAAGCAGUGCUUGCAAUUUGCUCUUCUCUGUGGGAAUGGGCUAAAGCCGGCCUAAGUGCCGCCGCUGAAUGCUUCAAGUGGGUCUGGCAAAGCGUAGAGAACUUGCUAUCUGGCGUAAUGGACUUUCUGAAGAGAAUGUUCGACGGCGCCUGCUUCCAGUUCUUGUAUCGAAGAGAGAAUACUCAGGAAACGUGCGAGACCACCACCGAUCCGGUAACCGGUGCACACAGACAGACUGUCGAGACCCACAAGGAUGAGCUCAAGAUAUACGCUGGGGUGAAUGAUCAAGAUUUUCGCCAACAAAAGCCAUCAGACUACUCCAAAAGAAGGGAAAACGUGAUAGAAAAUCUAGAGAAUGUCGAAAACUUCGUCAAGGGAAUGAAGGAAAUCAUGAUUGCAGACAGACAACACGGAAACCCCCAAGUCACCGCUGGAAAACUCCAACAGCUCAUGGACCAGCCUGAAGUGCAGAACUUGCAACAGUCCUUCCGCAGCAUUGGAAAAGUCAACCCUGUUCUCUAAAAGAGACACCGCACCAAGAAGUUUUUGAACAAGUCUGACUUUGUGUAGAUGAUGUAAAUAUUAAUAGAUAGCUAAAUAAUCAAAGUAAAGCACGCGCACGUGGACGACGUCGCUAGAAAACAAUGGAAUUUGAUUCAGAAUUCAAUAGCAGUACGUGAUAAUGCGUUCUGUCUGAUAAAUUUCAGCUGUUUCCCACCUAACCACGAGGUAAAAACUACAACUUUAACGCGCACGUUUGUACUGUUAAAUCCUCUACCUAAGGUUCGCUACUUUAGAAAUGAUUUCCUUGGUUUAUUCUUAUCUGUCUCUGGCUAUAUAAUGUUUUGCUUAUUCCAUUUAAAUUAAAUUAUUAUUGAUCGCCACGCGCGAACACAUCUUUUUCGACCUCGUUGUCGUCGUCCUUGUUAAGUUCCCUAAUAGCAAACUCAAAGAACCAGACGUGAAAUGCGCUUGCUUUGAUAGAUUUCAGCCGUUUAUCUCCACAUCACGACGUCAAAAACACCAAUAUAAUUUUCACGGUCUAGCCGAGGACACGUUCACUAUCUUUGUUAUUAAUAAUGCUUAUCCUUGCUUAUUUACAAAUAAAAUUGUCCUUAUCUUAAAGAAAAA